AUGAAUCUGAUGAAACUAAGAAUAGGUCCAUACCGUGCAUUUGCGCCAUUUAUAUAUCAAUUCUAUUCUGAGAAGGACGGUUGUGCAACUAAUGAUGUAUCCAAGGGGGCUGAAUCUUUCGAGGGCACUGCCGGUGGUGGCUUACUGCAAACCGAGGACACUUCGUUUCCUGAGUGCAGUCCCGACUUUCAGGAUUACACUCCCUGCACUGAUCCCAAGAGGUGGAAGAAAUACGGUCUACAAAGACUAACAUUCAUGGAACGCCACUGCCCGCCACCAUUUGAAAUAAUGGAGUGUUUGGUCCCUCCACCGGAUGGCUAUCAACCGCCUAUCAGAUGGCCAAAGAGCAAAAGCGAAUGUUGGUACAUGAAUUUUCCAUAUGAUUGGAUUAAUAAGGAAAAAUCUAAUCAACAUUGGUUACAGAAGGACGGGGUGAAGUUCCUUUUUCCCGGAGGAGGGACCAUGUUUCCCGAUGGAGUUACCAAGUGUGUUGAUUCAAUGGUAGAUUUGAUUCCCGGUAUGAAAGAUGGGAUGAUCAGGACUGCCAUUGAUACUGGAUGCAGGGCACUUCUUCGCAACACAAAUAGCCGUUUGCGAAUCACAAUGCAACGGCACAGAAGGUGUUGGACACCCCCACAAUGGUAUAUCCGCUAA